AUGGCUAACCUUGGAUUAUCUUUAGGAGGGAUCACUCCUGAGUUGUCAUUGGUCCAGCGUUAUGAUUAUGGUCAUAAGAAUUCUCAGGCAGUUGAAAAGGGUUGUUCAUUGUGCAAAUGUGGGAGAGAUGUGUCAAAUCUAAUUCAAGAUAGAGAUAAGUCAUCCCAUAAACACGAUAGAGACGAAUCUUCAACUGAUCAUGAUGGAGUGAGAUCAACGCAUGAUCAAUCCCAUGACAUAACAUCACAUGAUUGUGGCAGAGAUAGGGCACAUGAUAGUAGAAGAGAUAGGUCAUCAUAUGAUUCAGGGAGAGAAAAAUCUUCCUUUGAACGUGUCAAAGAUAGGUCACCAUCUGAUCACAGUAGAGAUAAAUCAUCACAUGACCAUGGAAUCUCCUGCAAUCGAACCAGAGAUAGAUUAUCUCUUGACAGAGAUAGAUCCCCCCUUGGUCAUAGCAGUGACAGAACAUCUCAAGAUGACUGGUAUGAUGACAAUGAUCGAGGUUGGCACUACAGAGAUAUAGAAAAAUACAGUUCUAAAGAUAGAGACCAUUACAAUUCUCGAGACAGAGAUCGUUACAGUUCUAGAGAUAGAGACCGUUACAGUUUUAUAGAUAGAGAUAGAGACCGUUACAGUUCUAGAGAUAGAGAUAGAGACCGUUACAGUUCUAGAGAUAGAGACUGUUACAUUUCUAGAGAUAGAGACCGUUACAGUUCUAGAGAUAGAGAUAGAGACCGUUACAGUUCUAGAGAUAGAGACCGUUACAGUUCUAGAGAUAGAGAUAGAGACCGUUACAGUUCUAGAGAUAGAGAUAGAGACCGUUACAGUUCUAGAGAUAGAGACCGUUACAGUUCUAGAGAUAGAGAUAGAGACCGUUACAGUUCUAGAGAUAGAGACCGUUACAGUUCUAGAGAUAGAGAUAGAGACUAUUACAGUUCUAGAAGCAGUGGGAGGCACCAUGCUAGAAGUGACUCAAGAUAUAGAGAUUCAAGCAGAAGUAGAGAGAGAGAAGCAUAUCCUAGAAGGAGUGGUGAUUUAUAUGGCAAAGAUAGGCACGGAAAAAGGGAUUAUGAUGAUUUUCCUAAAGGACAAAGUCCUGAUUCUAUUGAUAGUUUUAGAAGCAGAGAAUUGUUGUCAGAAGGAAGUAAUAAUGUUAAAGAAGACCUGGCACUUUCAGAAGUAUCAUCACUGGACAGUUUCCAAUUGAAAGACCGAAGUCCAGUAUUUAAAAGGAAUACAAAAAUUCCAGGAAUUGCGGAUGAAGAUGUUAGUGAUAUAGAUUCCUCAGAUGAUGAUGAUGAAGUUCAGUUAAAUACUGCAUCUAAUAUUUCACCACAGUCUUGUAAUCAGUAUUUGCAUGAAAGCUCUUUUGUCCAAGGGCAGACUCCACCUGUGAUGGGAGGACCUUCUAAUUACAAUUACUCUCAGAUGCAACAUAUAAUGGGAGGACCUCAAGCCUUCAACCAGUCAGUGGGAGGACCUCAAGCCUUCAACCAGUCAAAUAUGGGAGGACCUCAUCCAUUUAACCAGAAUAUGGGAGGACCUCAACCCUUUAACCAGAAUAUGGGAGGACCUCAUCCAUUUAACCAGAAUAUGGGAGGACCUCAUCCAUUUAACCAGAAUAUGGGAGGACCUCAUCCAUUUAACCAAAAUAUGGGAGGACCUCAACCCUUUAACCAAAAUAUGAGAGGACCACAGCCUUUCAACCAGUCUAUGGGAGGAUCUCAUCACUUUAACCAGUCAAUUGGAGGACCUCAAUUAUUUGACCAAUCAAUGGGAGGACCUCAACCCUUUAUCCAGAAUAUGAGAGGUCCUCAACCCUUCAAUCAAUCUAUGGGAGGACCUCAAUCCUUUAACCAAUCUGCAGUGGUAACACCUAAAUCAAGAAAAUCACCUUUUCUAAAAUUUGCUUCUAUUCAGCCUAAAACAAAUCUAAGAGAGCUAAAGAAAGAGGAAGGCAGCCAUUGCAUCAAACAAAGAGCUGCUUCUCUUAUAGUGGUCUCACAGCAAACAAGCAAACAAUCAAAAACAUGUAAAAAGAAUGAACUGCAAAUACAAGCUAUCCAGAAAAAGAAAAAAUCUCUUCUCCAGCGAAGUCAGCAUUUAAAUUAUAUAUUACAAGACCUCAAUACUCACAUGGAUGGAAAGAGUGACAUCAACAAUCAAGAGAUUGCUCAGAGAAAAGUGGAUAUCCAACGAAAUUUGACAGAAAUAAGAACUGCUUUGGAGAAGACACAGGCAGAAUACCUAACAAUACUAGGCCAGGUUUGUUGCUAA